CACACCAGAUCUGCGGCAGAACCCCUACGGCAGGUUUGGACUGGGUGCCCAGGCAGGCUGUACGGCUAAAGGUUGCCCCCUGGCCUUCGCUCAUACCCACGAGGCUCGUGGCUGUGCAGAGGCGCCGGACUUUGCUCUUUGCUCUUUUUAAUCCACAGCGCGCCCUGUCCCGAUGCAGGCUGCGGUGCGUCCCUGCCCACACAGUACAUACAGGCACAGAGGGACGUGGCCCGCAUUUCUGCACUGCAUCGGGAUGGUUGCUGCCCCAGUGUCAGAAAGGGCGUGCAUUAAUUACUCAGUAAAAAGCCUUUGAAAGUUUUUACUGGUUGUUCUUCCUAGACCAAAGGUGCACAUAGAUUUUUUGCUGACAGUAAAUGUCAAACAGAGGGAGAGAAGGCUGGAAUACAUCAGAAAACUGCCCAUCUUUAGUCAUACCAAGUAAAGCUCUAGACAUUUAAAUGAGUAGCAGUAUUAUUGCUUUAAUGUUAUCACUUAACGCUUAGAAAUCUGGGGGAAAAUAUAAGCUGCUCCCUUGGUGUUUUGUGCCCAAAGGGAGCGUUAGGAUAAAUAGAGAUCUUCCAUCCUCUGUCAGUCCCACAUUAACCCAAAAACAGGGGGAUCUGCAUCUUUAUUUUGGAACAUGGGAAGGAAGGCUGGAUGGUUGCCAACAGUUUGUGUUCCCCUUAGUCAGUGUAACAUGGUUGCCUGCCACACUCACUUGGGUUUGACCCCAACUUGCUCUUCAUUAAAAAUGCUUAUUUAAAUGAUGUGUUUAAAAACAUUUUAAAACAUUGCGUUUUGGAUGCUAGAGUGGAAAAGACCUGAAAACUUUUUUGAAGACUGUUUGAAAGCUGUUUAUGGAAAAAGGCGCUUGAAGCAAGGCGGUGUGGUUGAAGAGCCUGGUGGCUGAGAGGAGGAGGUGACAAGGAGAAUGUGAAGAGGUCAGUGAGGGAAAACUGCAAAGCAGUUGCUAGAGGAGGAUUUUUUUCAAAGAGAUGUUGAUCUCUGCUUGCUGUCACUUUUUAUUUUCUUCUUGUUAUGCUUUUAGUAAACAAUGGAGUCAAACAUAAAAGAGAACGAGCAUUUUAAAAGCCAAUUUAAGGCUUAUCAAGAACAACAGCAAAGGCGGCUGCAAAAUCUAAUGGAGAGGAAGGAAAAGCAGAACAGUCAGAAGGGUGAUAAUGGCAAUGCAAAGGAGACUUUCAGAAUCCCGAAUGAUCUAAACCUCUUUGAAGCAGGACAACCUGUAAAUGAAGAUGGUGGCAAAAGCUUGCUCGAGGUUGAGAAUAAGCAGCUCCAGGAUCAGCUUCGAGAGGUCCGAGAUGAGAACUGCAGACUGUACAGACUGGUGGCAGAAAAAGAUUUUGAAAUAAAGCAACUCCAGAAAAAAAUACAGGAGGACAGAUUGGCUUUCUCAGGGGCGUCUGGUUUAGCUGGAGAUGUUGCAGCUACUAAAAUAGUUGAAUUAGCCAAAAAGAAUCGUGAAAUAACUGCUGAGGCUGAGACUGAAAAAGCCAAAGUGAAGCAACUGAAUAACAAAGUCAAACAGCUGGAAAGAGAAUUACAGACAGCCGUAGAAAAAAUACAUUGUCUUGGUGGUGGUGAUGCAGGAAUCAAGCAAUCAACUCUGAAGAUGAUAGAAGGAAACUUGGCUGAAAGUCCAGAGGUGAAAGCAUUGCAAGAAAAAUUAACUGCAGCCAACUUUAAAGUGAUGGAAUAUCGUAACCAACUUCAAUCUGCAAAGCAGGAACUGAAGAUGACCCAAAAGCUUUUAGCAAAUGAAGUUGGUGAAGAUGUGAAUAUUCAAAGUCUCUUGACCAAUUCUGGCAGCUGGCGUGGACGAGCACAGCAAAUUCUUGUUCUCCAAAGCAAGGUUCGAGAGCUGGAGAAUCAGUUGGGUCAAAGCAAGACCAGAAAAUCACUGAGCAAGGUUGAUGGGGAAUUGCUGGCACUUAUUGAUCCAAGGAAGUUAUCAGCCCAAGAGAAGAACUUCGUGAAGAUUCGCAGCUUAGAAAAAGAAAAGAAAGAAACUUUGGAGAAACUCACUGGGAAAUAUGAUGCUCUCAAAAAGAGUCAUGAGGAAGUGAAAAAAACCCUUGAUGCAUCAAAAGCCAGGAACAAAGUACUGUGCAGUGAAGUGAAAACCCUGAAGGGACAGAUCGUAAUCUUGUUGGAGAAAGGAAAACACGACAAUGAGCUCAUAGACGCUUUACUGGUAUGGUCUGACUUUUACUGUUGGUUCCAGCCCCUGCAUAUCAGCCCUCUUUCUGCCCAGCAGAAGCAAAUGCAGGAGAUCUUAAAGCACCUGAGCCAUCAGGAUGAGAAGAACAAGGAGUCCAAGCACAUGCUAGGGCAGAACUUGAACAGUGAGGUUCAGAAGCAAAACUGCCUUAUAGAGCAGCUCAGACAGGUAGUGGCUGAACGAGAAGCAAUGGUUAAAGAGCUGGAAGAAGAGGUUGAGCAACUCACGCUUCAGUUGAAAUCUGCCUAUGAAGGGGACAGUUUGGAAGCUGCUGUAACACCACCUUCUGAGUACUCAGAAGAUCCAGGUUCUAAGCCUGUGGCAUCAGGCAGCAAUGAGGUUGGAAGGACUGGAUCUGCUCGCACAGUGUCCAAGAUGGGCCAUACACUCGUAGAGUCAGCAGCUACUAAGCCUUUCCAUCUCAGUAAUAACAUCACACCUGGAAGGCUUGCUGGCACUAACAGCCUGGAUUUGAAAGUGCUGCAGACACAGAUCACAGAGCACAAGGCUCUCUGCCAGGCUGCUGAAGUGGAAAGAGACAGGCUCCUGGAACUGGUCACUGUGCUGCAGAAAAGGGUGGAGGAAAGCAGCAAUAAAAUCUUGGCAGCUGAGAAAAGUCUUCAGGAAGAGCGGCGGCGAUGUGUCAUUUUGGAACAGCAGCUUGAAAAACUGCAAAUGGAUGCAGAGAGUGACACAAGUGAACAGAAAUCUCCCCUGAGGAGCAAAACAGGCCAGACUGCAAGUCAUUCAAGGCUCACCUUGGAUGUGAGUGAUGGGAAGUUCUCUGCAGCUCAGCUUUCCAGGUUGCCUAUAGAAUUGCGGGUAGAGGAGCUGAGCAGAAGGCUUGUGAUGCAGCUGAAUGAGAACAAAUCUCUGAAGGCCGCUUUGGAGACUGCCCUGAGAAAGAAAGAGGAAGACUUUAAACUGUAUCAAGACACAAUGGGCCAAGUGAAGGAUAUCUUUUUACAGGCCAUUCAGCAGCAGAAACAGGAGAAGAGUUAAGCAAGAUAUUCAAGAGUCGUUUGGACUGCAAAGCAGGGAGAGAGCUCGGGCAUCGUGCCCAUGAAGUGAAAUGCAGUGGCAGUCUAGUUUUGCAGCUUCAGAUCAUGUCAUUUCUUUAGCAUUUGCAGAAGAGGAUGAGAAGUGGAGAUAAAAUACAAAAAGAGUGAAGGUUUUGCAUGUCAGCAAAUUUUGUCUUUAAGAAUUAGCCAGCCAGCAGCUGGCUCUCAAACUGCACAUGCCAUAGGUUGGUGCAGUUUAGGAAGCCGCAGGUCUGCAGUGUGAUUUUAGACAAAACCUUCCUAGUUUCAACAGAUUUUUCCUCAAGAGGGCUCAAUAUUCAAUACGCUGCUGCUUUUAUCAGCUCUUGAAGGAAUUUGCUCUAUAAAAGUUGUGCCAGCCCCCUUCCAAAUUUGUGCCAGGAACAAACCAAGUUCUGUUUUUAUCAGCACAUUGAUACCUGUCUGUCUCAGGCUUUCUAUAGCACGUAAGCGCUGAGGGAGAAAUUUAGUCUGCCCUGUGAAUAUCUGCAAGUGAAUUUCAUGGGGGCUUCUCUCACCAUUCCAACCUGUUUCUUUGCUUGAACAUAUGGGCAGCAGAGUUUUCUGAAACUCAGUGGAGUUUCCACUGAAAAGGUAGACUGUGCAGAUUACCCCUAUAAUCAGUCAGACCUACCUUAGAUUAGUUUAUACCAUAUAAAAUUUGCCAUCCAGGUUAUGAAUUCCCUAUUUCUGUGUCUCUGCAUUCACCUGUUACGCAGGUCUUCUCACUAGAAAGAAAUGCUAACAAAACUCAGACAGGUCCUCACUGCAGUAGUGGUGGGACUUUUGGAGAUGCUGAAAACCAUUUCAUCUCUGUCCUUUUCUCUUGCAGCAUGGUGAGAACACCAAGUGCAAGCUAAUAAGGCAUUAGCAUGCAGCCUGCCAGCAGAGAGCUAGCCUGGGGGAUUACAAGCAAAUAGGGAGCUAGUCAUUUUUGUAUAGCACUGCUUUGUUUCUCAGUGGAAAGUCUUAAAAGCUCUUCUUUUUCUGCUUUGCUUUGUCAGCCUCUUUUUGUGAGUGUGAAGUUGGUCAGAUUUUAACCCCAGCCACCAUCAGCACAAAGUGGAUUUGGGGCCAGGCAAACCACAGCUCCCUUCCCCAGCGUGGGGCUUGCACCUUGACUCUGCUUGCAUUAAGAUGAGGCAUGUGAAAAAGAGCAGAGCAGGAGUUACUCCAGAUGCGUUGAGGGUGGUGUCAUCCCUGUCUUCUUUUCCUGCUUAUGCUCAGAGAUGUCUUUCUUCAAACAGUUUGCAGAGUCCCUGAUGGAGGAGCUGAGGGAGCUGAGGAUAAGUUCAGCAUCCAAGAGUUAGCCCUCCCUGUAUUUAAAAGCCCUGCUCUGCUCCCCCAGCACUGGCCACAAAAAGUGGGACCAAAAAUGUUCAUUGCCAUAUUCCUCCUGCUCACCUUGCUGGUAGCAUCAGAGGAAAAAGCAUCUUGCAACCCACAAUCCUCUCAACAACUCAAGGAAUUGUAAAUCCUGGAUCGAGAGACAGACACAGCCUCAUCCAAGCGAGCUGUGGUUUGUUUCUGUUCAGCUCCAUCCUCAUGAUUAUGAGGUGAGGGGUAGAGAGAGCAGAUCUAACAGAAGCAAUCAGCCCACCUCUGAUAGAUAUUUUAAGGACCUGCAGUAGCGAGCAGAUCCCUUUGAAAAGCUGCCUGAGCUGUGGCAGAGGUGUGGAGAUUUUGCUAUGCGGUGGCUGCUAAAUUCAGGCUGAUAGCUUGCAGCUAGAGAUUCUGAUUUCACUUACACAGAAGUGUGAAUCAAUAAUAUUUUCACCUAUGUACAGGAGAGGCAAUCUGCCGUCCCUUCUAAUACAUGGUCAGCAUUUGUCUCCUGUCUCGUGAUGAAGCAGUGAAGCUCAUACCACUUUCCAGCUGAAUGGCUGUGAAUCAACUCAUGAAAAAGAGAUAAGAAAAUGGGAGUGUUAUAUGUUACAGAACACUUAUGGCUUCCUAGCACAUGGUGCAAACCUCAAAUGCUGCAACACUCAUUUCUUUAAACAUAUGUUUGUUUGGGGUGGCACAGAAGCAUUUUUUUCUUCUUUUUCUGCACACAUGCCCAGCAUCUCUGGACACCUUGAUACAGAAGAAGCUAAGACACUAUGAAAGAAGUUAUUUAGAGAGUCUGUACCUGUAGGUAACUGUUUCUCAUGGAAAUGUGCAAUCUGUCCCCCAUCACAGAGCUGGGGAGGGUUUCUGUACACAGGCCAAAUUGUCCAGGUCGUCUCAGUUUUCACCUUAGUUUUGAAAUAAAUUCCCUCUGCAUUUCCGCUGAGUGACCUGCCUUUGAAUUAAUCCCCAUGCUGACUCUUGUAGCAACUGCUUCCCAGUUUUCCAAGGUAUGAGACUGAUUUUCUUGCAGUGCAUAUCGUUUUGUUGCUGAAUGUAAGAAAUCCUGUCAGACCUUGGGAGCAGCAGCCCCAUCUACCCCAGCCCACCACUCAGAGAACAAAACCAAUGACAAUAUUUUUCUCACUGCCUACAAAAACCCUUACCACUGCUCUUUAGCCAUAGGAUCUCUCCAGCACGCUUGAUAAGCUGUUUGAACUGCAAUAUUUCUCUUAGGGAUGUAGCUGGGCUUGAUCUGAAGCCUCCACAACUCCCUGCUUUUCUUGGAAGUUUGAUGGCCUUACAGAUAAUUACCAGCCUAUUAAAAUCCUGUGCUUUGAUUCUUAUUUGAAUUUCUCUGGCUGAAGUUUGCAGCCAAUCAUUGUUACACCUUUCUUUGCUAGAUAAAAGCAGUGUAAGUAUGCAGCAUUUCCUCGCUGGGACAGCCUUCAUCCUGUGCAAAGUCAUGUCACAAGCUGCUUUUUGAUAAGCUCAGAGUUUUUUCAGUCUCUCAUUGUAGCUAAUGGUGGUGACAGGCUGAGGGUGACAACGCUUGCACCGCUGGCACAGGCUGGUGGAUACAGUUAAGCUGUGAAGAACAGCAUAAGGCUAAUUUUGCUGCAAAUAUUUGAGGCUGUGGACACUCCUUUGUAAGAUUUGGCCAGCUUUUAACUAAUGUAUGCUAAGAAUACGAGUCCUCCAAAUAGUUGGGCUGAGCCCAAGGUUGUCUUCUACGCUGGAGCAGGGCAGAGCACUUCCACAAAGCAGCUGUCAAGUGCCCGACAGAUGCAUCUGAUUUUACAGGUACAACUGAACCUCUGGGAAUAAAUUAUAUUUGAUGAAU